GUUUUACAUAUAAAAUGAAAUUUAUGUAAAAGCUGCUCUCUCUAAAUUCAUAUGGAGUUGUUUCGAGUUUUGAGUGUUCUCCGGAAAACAUCCAAAAAUCACAUUACUUCAUUUCGACAUUACUAUAACUCUUCAAUAUCAAACCCUUUAUCUCCACAAAUUCGUAUUCUUGCUUCAACUGCAACAUCUGAAAGGAAAGACUAUCUUCCAUCUGGCUUUAUUUGCAAUCGCUGUGUUUCCUACGGACCGAACUCUAGUAGUGAUUUAGAUCAAACCCAAGUUUCUGUUAAGAGUUUUUCGAAUAACCCAGUUGCCACAAUCGAUAAUAUAGCUGAAGACGCAGAGAAAAUCUGUAAAAUAUUGUCAAACAACUCCGCCAACCCUCGGGUUGAAAGCUUCCUUACUGAUAAUGUUGCUAGUAUUGAGAUGUCAAAGGAGCUUGUUUUAGGGGUUUUGAAGAAGCUAAGUAAUUCGGGUGUUCUUGCCCUUUUGUUCUUCAGAUGGGCCGAGAAGCGAGACGGGUUUCACUAUACGACUGAGACUUAUAAUGCUCUGAUCGAAGCUCUGGGUAAGAUCAAACAGUUUAAAAAGGUGUGGGAAUUGGUGAACGAUAUGAAGCUUAAAGGUUUGUUGAGCAAAGAUACUUUUGCUUUGAUUUCGAGAAGAUACGCGAGAGCCAGGAAGGUGAAAGAGGCGGUAGAAACGUUUGAGAAGAUGGAGAAGUUUGGAUUAAAGGCCGAAUUGUCGGAUUUCAAUAGGUUGAUUGAUACUAUAAGCAAGUCGAGAAAUGUGGAGAGAGCACAGCAUGUGUUUGAUCAAAUGACUGAGAGAAGGUUCAAACCGGAUAUUAAGUCUUAUACGAUUUUGUUGGAAGGAUGGGGUCAGGAACAGAAUUUGCUGAGGUUGAAUGAGGUUUAUAGAGAGAUGAAGGACGAGGGGUUUGAGCCUGAUGUUGUUACUUAUGGCAUUAUGAUCAAUGCUUUUUGUAAAGCUAGGAAAUAUGAUGAAGCCCUUGAGUUUUUUAAUCAAAUGGAAGCAAGUAAUAUCAAGCCUAACCCUCAUAUUUUCUGUACAUUGAUUAUUGGAUUGGGUUCUGCUAAGAGGUUGAAUGAAGCAUUAAACUUCUAUAGACAAUCCAAGGCUAGUGGUUUUAGCCCUGAAAUACCAACCUACAAUGCCUUAAUUGGGGCUUAUUGCUGGUCAAUGCGGAUGGAUGAUGCGUAUAGGGUGCUUGAUGAGAUGAGACAAAGUGGGGUUGGUCCCAAUUCAAGAACUUAUGACAUAAUCUUGCACCAUUUGAUAAAAUGUAGAAAAACAAAAGAAGCUUUCUCUCUUUUCCAGAGAAUGAGUGAGGAUCCCAAUUGUGAACCGACUGUGAGUACGUAUGAGAUCAUAAUUAGGAUGUUCUGUAAUGAGGAUCGAGUAGAUAUGGCGAUUCGGGUUUGGAAUAUGAUGAAGGGCAAGGGAGUUCUUCCGGGAAUGCACAUGUUCUCUACAUUGAUUAACAGUUUAUGUCUUGAGAAUAAGUUGGAUGAUGCUUGUAACUUCUUCCUAGAGAUGAUGAAUUUGGGGAUUCGACCUCCAGCUCAGCUGUUUAGCAAUCUUAAACAAGCUCUUCUUGAUGAAGGGAGGGAAGAUAAAAUUCAAACUUUGGUUGAGAAGAUUGAGAAUCUGAGGAAAAGUUCAUUAGGUGGUUAAUGCAUUAAUAGAACCAAAAGGUUGAGAGAAUAGUAAAAUUUCCUAUAUAGAGGCCUUUCUGUUUUUUUUUUUUUUUUUUUUUUAAGGGAAAAAAAAGUUUUGCUUAGAGCUUUUUAACAUGAAAUGUUUGUUUUCAUUGGUGAAAGGCAUUGAGAGUUCGUUCUUGCUCUGUGACAUUCUUUUGAUGUAUUUAGAGUGAAAUUAAAAGUGUAGAUCUCCACUAGAAAUUGUUUAAAA